AUGAAGAGGCAGGUUCAGGAGGAGGAAGAGGAGGAUGUGAUGAAGAAGCAGGUUCAGGAGGAGGAGGAUGUGAUGAAGAGGCAGGUUCAGAAGGAGGAAGAGGAGGAUGUGAUGAAGAGGCAGGUCCAGGAGGAGGCAGCAGCUCCUGAAGCAGAAACUCCGUCACUCAGCUGCAGACUCCAGGACCUCAGUCUGGGAGAAUCACACGACGACGUCCUCGUCUUCCGCUCAUUCUUCAUCAGCGUGGUGGAGGAGUCCGAUCUGUGGGGCGAGGGAGACGAGCUGGAGCACGCUCAGGAGCUGCUGAGGGAGUACGAGAGGAGAGAGGGCGUGACGGUGAAGAAGCUGGAGGGCGGUGAGGAGAAGUAUGAGAAGUCCAGAGCCAGACACGGAGACGACGUCUUCUCCAGGUUCAUGAAGAGGAUCUCGCCGUGUCCUCAACAGAUCCUACGUUACUGCCGCGGCGGGAGGCCGCUCUUCAUCUCCGAGCCACCACCCGACGUGGCCCAGGUGGCGUCGGUGUGCGGCUCCUGCGGAGGGUCCAGGACUUUCGAGCUGCAGCUGAUGCCGGCUCUGGUCAGUCUGCUGCAGAGGACGGUCGGCGGCGCUGAGCUGGAGUUCGGGACGGUCCUGGUGUUCACGUGUGUGAACAGCUGCUGGACGGCCGGCUCGGGAUCGGCUGUGGAGGAGUUCUGCUUCGUUCAGGCCGACCCGGACCAGCAGCUGUUUAAAUGAUUCUGAGCCUCACUGUUUAAUAUCUUACUGCAGUGAUGUCAUACUUCAGGACACUGUGACAUCAUCGCGGGGGGGCGUGGUCACAGAUCAGGGAACAGACAUGAUUCAGGCGUCGACAGAAGAAGAAAAACCCUGAUGUGAUUUAUAUUUAAAUAAAGAUGAACAGAUUUGGUUUCGGACGGAGAAGAGUGAAGACGGUGAUAGUUUUUAUUUCUGGGUUUUCCAGAGAUUUUCGGGUGAAGAUUGUAAAGAGGUACGAUCCCUCCCUCCGAACUCGAGGACCCAGUAACUUUGAAUAAAAAGUAAAGUUUCUGAAAAUUCUACUCAAGGCAACACUCUGUAACUUUUCUACCUUAAACCUCAGCUUGAUUAAAGUGAGUCUGAUGUGUGAAGGUGGAGAACGUUUCCUCCUUCGCUCCCUGAGCGUCUGUUCUCUCUCUCUGCUGAGUGGGUUCAUCUCCUGAGAGAACAAGUGACUGAGAGUCUCCAUCAGCUCCAGKKGAAGAGUGAAGCUGAACUGAGAUCAGUUCUUAACAACCAGAGUUUAUCUCCAGUGUUCAGCAGAAACUUUAAAACAUGAAGAACUCUGAACAGCUUGGUGGUUCAGGAAGCAGAGGAUCAUGGGCAAUAUCAGUGUUCAGUUGUGAUUCCGUUCAGUGGAACUUUUCUCAACAUGAAAACUUCCUCAGACACAGAGCCCAACAGAGUCCAUCACCCCAUGAGGCUGCAGGGGGCGCUGUUGCUCAGUCUUGGUUUCUUUGGAUCUUUCCUGCAGCAGCUAAGUAGCUGAACCCGCUCCGACCUUUGACCUCAUGAACUAACAGUAACACAACAUGAACAACAAGCUGUGAUUCUGAUUCUCAGAUUAUUUCUAAUUCAAGAAAAAAACCCACAUUUGUUUCUUCAACUUCAACCUCACGACACAUUUCUACGAUUCAGCGUCUUCAAGCUUCAGAACAGUUCAGGUUGAACAGCAGUGACGUCAUCUAGUGACGUCAUCCAGUGAUGUCAUCCAGUGAUGUCAUCCAGUGAGGAAAUGGAAACUACAGAGUAAAUAUCAGCUGAAGGACUUUUGGUUUUAAUGGAUCCACAGUAUCAAAAAUAGAUUUAAUUAAAUGGCCAAUAAAUAACGACAGGAUUUUCUUUUUUUGUGCGACGUCUCAUGACGCCACGGAUUGUUAUGUCACAUUAAAGCUCUACCGUUGAUUUACAGCCCUUUGGUUUGUUUUAGAAAUAUUCCAAUUCGUCAUGAAGAGAUAAAAAAGGAUCUUUGUUUUCUCACUGAGGUACGAGUUAGCACUCAAAUUCCUGAGACAGACGAGGAAACUGCGAUGUCCUGAUGAAGGCGCUGUUUGGUUUUCAGGCACUUGAAUCAGUCUGGUGCACUUUGUGCAGACGAGACCGUCCGGUUAUUUUUGUCCAAACAGCAGGAGAAGCUGUCCACGUCUCCGGGGGACGCAGCGUGGCUACUGAGGACCUCCACAGAACGGUAAGGCGGCGUCGCUGGACUUGUGCUCCCAGUCGUACUGGUGGUACUGGUCAAACUGGUCGGCGCCGCUGCUCAGACCGCUGAUGUCUCUGUCGAUGAUCUCGUUCACUGCAACACAAACAGCAUUUGUUUUUCUUUUUACAAAAGAACAUUAUCUCAG